AUGGAGAACAGCAGUGUGAAUGAGUUCAUCCUGCUUGGGUUAACACAGGAUGUACUAAAGGAGAAAGUAGUAUUUGUUAUCUUCUUAUUUCUAUACCUUGGGACUCUGUUGGCAAACUUCCUAAUUGUGAUGACCAUACGAUAUAGCCAGACACUUGGGAGCCCUAUGUACUUCUUCCUUUUCUACUUGUCCUUUGUUGAUGCCUGUCUUUCAACAAUCACUGCCCCUAGGCUAAUUGUAGAUUCCGUAUCUGAGAAGAAAAUCAUCUUCUACAAUGAGUGCAUGACCCAGAUCUUUGCAUUUCACUUCUUCGGGUGCAUGGGGAUCUUGGUACUUGUCCUCAUGUCCUUCGAUCGCUAUGUGGCCAUUUGCAAGCCCCUGCGGUACACAGCCAUCAUGAGCCAGCGUGUCUGUGGUGCACUGGUGAGACUGGCCUGGAUGGGGUCUUGUAUCCAUUCUUCAGCACAGAUUCUCUUGGUUUUGAAAUUACCCUUCUGUGGCCCCAAUGUUAUUGAUCACUAUUUCUGUGAUAUGCAACCUUUGUUGAAACUUGCUUGUGUGGAUACUUAUGCCAUCAACCUACUCAUAGUGUUUAACAGUGGGACCAUAUGCAUGGUGAGUUUCUUGUUGCUGCUUAUCUCCUAUGGUUUCAUCUUACAUUCUCUGAGUAACUGUAGCACAGAAGGAAGAAGGAAAGCCCUUUCCACAUGCACCUCCCACAUUAUUGUUAUUAUCUUAUUCUUUGUACCAUGUAUAUACAUAUAUGCUCGCCCUCUAACUGUAUUUCCAGUGGACAAGAUGGUGGCUGUAUUUUACACUAUUUUAACACCCUUACUCAACCCUCUGAUUUACACUCUGAGGAAUGCAGAAGUCAAACAGGCCAUGAGAAAGUUAUGGUGCAACAAAAUCUGA